AUGUCUGCCAAAGUGCCCAAAUUGCCUCCUCUGCCGAGGCUACGUGUCGACACCAAGAAGGCCUCAGUGGUCAACAAGAACCCCUGUUACGUGAUGCUGGCGUCGCUGCUGAACUGCUGGGCGUCCAACGGAGAGGGCUCUGCCAUCUGCAAUCCUUUAGAGAAUAAGCUGAGCAACUGCAUGGUGAAUAUGCCCAAAAACAGAGGUGCGUCUUACGACUCUUUGAACUACCAUGCUGCCAGAUUGAAGCCAAAGAUCAACGGAAGUGGCCAUGAUUAG